GCCCCCCCCGCACGGCAGCGGCCCCCCCGCGUUCCGCCAGGCCGAGCCGCCCGGGGCCGGGUUACGGCGGCAGCCCGGGAGCGGGGGGGCAGCGCCGCCGUCGGCGCCUGCGCUGCCCGGCCCCUCAGCCCCGGGAAGGGCGAGCCAGGGGUGCCGCUCGGUGCCGCCGCCGGAGCGCCCCCCGCUUGGCCGGACCCCCGGUGGGCGGAGCGGGCCGGCAGCUUUCGGCGCCGCGGUGGGAGCCGGGGGACGGGCCAGCGCCGGGAAGCAGAGACGCCCCCUGGCAGAGGGGCUGCCGGCGCCCCGGGGGCGGGCCGGGGACUACCCGUUUGCCCGGAGGACCGCGGCCCCGGUCUGAGGAGCGGCGGAGCCGGUGCCAGUAGCCCAUGGCGUCCUACCGCAUCCGUCAGUACCGGGAACAGGACUACGACGCCGUGCGGACCCUCUUUGCCCGUGGCAUCUUGGAGCACGCCUCGGCUGGCUACCGCCACGUCCUGCGCUCAGCACGGGCUCAGCUGGGGCUGCUGGUCCUCUUCGCGGCAGUGCGGACAGUCGUGGGCUACUGGGUGCUAGGGCUGGGGGCCGUGGCCUUGGCGCUGGUGGCCAUCUGGCUCCUGGUCCGCUCCUUCAGUACGUCCUAUGUGCGCCAGGCACUGAGCACCGACCUCUGUGACAUCCCCACCAGCUACCUGCGGGCACCCGACUCCUGCUUCUGGGUGGCUGAGGCUGGGGGGGCCGUGGUGGGCAUGGUGGCCGUGGCACCACCGCAGGAUCCGGCUGAGAGAGGGGCCGCCCUGGAGCUGAAGCGAAUGUCAGUCAGCAGGGACUACCGGGGCCAGGGCAUCUCCAAAGCGCUCUGCGGGGAGGUGCUGCGCUUCGCCCGGGCACGGGGGUAUGGGGCGGUGGUCCUCUCCACCUCCAUGGUGCAGGUGGCGGCCCAGCGGCUCUACGAGGGCCAGGGCUUCAGGAAGGUGGGCGCCUUCAGCCCCUCGCUGCUCGGCACUCUCCUCUGCUUCCAGAUCUUCCAGUACCGCUGCGACCUGCCUGGCCGUGCUGCAGCCUCGCCACACUAGGCACUGCCAUGGCACCCAGGCCCCAGCACAUGAGGCACUGCCGUGGCACCCCUGACCCCAGCCCUGGCACAUGAGGCACUGCCGUGGCACUCCUGACCCCAGCCUUGGCACAUGAGGCACCACUGCAGUACACUGACCUCAACCCUGGCACAUAAGGCACUGCCAUGACACCCCUGACACUGUCCUCAGCACACAAGGUACCACUGCAGCAUCCCCAGCCCCAGAACGUGAGGCACAGCCACGGCACUCCUGACCCCAGCCCUGGCACAUAGGGCACUGCCAUGGUACCCCUGAUGCUGGCCUCGGCAUGCCAGGCGCCACUGCAGCAUCCCUGGCCCCGGAAUGUGAGGCACAUCCACGGCACCCCUGACCCUGACACGAGGCACCACCAUGGCACUCCUGAUCCCAACCCUGGCACGUGAGGCGCUGCUGUGGCACCCCUGACCCCUAGCCUGGCACGUGAGGCACCACUGUGGUACCUCUGACCCCAGCCCUGGCACAUAAAGCACCGCCAUGGUACCCUUGAUGCUGGCCUUGGCAUGUGAGGUACCAGUGCAGCAUCCCCCGCCCCGGAAUGUGAGGCACAGCCAUGGCA